CAAUGCUGAACAUAACCUCAAACAAGUUUCAAAAUAUCGGCUAGUAGUGUUCGUUGGAAGGUGCAAUUGCUUGAAUUAGAGUACAAUUACAAUUUCUCGAACAAGAAUUGUCGCGGAAGCUUAAAAUAUGGCGGAAAAGUCUCAAUUUGACAUAUUCCUCGGUGGAUCCCAGGAAUUGCCUCCCGAAGUACAUAUCAUGAAACUGGCAUCGGCCAGGGCGAAUGAAAUCGCCGCGAUGACUUAUUCCAUAGAUAAUCCUCACCAAACAAAACUGAUAUUCCAAAAACUACCGAUGCACAUGCGUCGCAGAAUAAUGUCCCAUAAUGCAAAACGUAUGCCACGGAGACUGCGAGAGAUCCAUAUACACCAAAUGUCAAAGUCAGGUUUGCCACCCAAAACAAAAAGACCUUCCCGAAAAUACAGGCGAAGGCCACAGAACUUGAUCGCAGAAUACAAGCGCAGGCAGGUAAAAAAUGCCUGGCUUGAAACACACGUGUGGCACGCAAAGAGGUUUCACAUGGUUGAAAAAUGGGGUCACAGGCUCCCUGAGCACUCAAAUGAUCGCUGUUUCAGAGCAAGUUACAGAGCAGUAGCUAAACACUGCCUGUUACAGGACAUAUCUUAUUAUUCGUGUAUUCAGUUAACCGGACCGAUUAAUGCGAUGAAAAAAAUGCUCAAGAAUCACUGCGACCCUGGCAACCUGAGCUUCACAGCAAAAUCCUACAUCCAAGGUAGCAGGGAAGGGAAUCUGAUGUUCUAUAAGAAGAACGGAUACCCAGCAUCACCUGUGGGAACUGUCGAAUUCAUUUGGAGGCCCGGUAACUCUGAGCUAAAAACUUUGUGGAUAUGGGUUCAUCCCUCACUUUAUCAGCUAAUAUUGUCGGAGAUUUGUAGCAGCUUUGAUUUUAAACUAGAGUCUCCGUGCCAUUCCUCAGAUCGAGAGUACUUCGGUGCUGAUAAUUGCAGACUAGUAUUACUCAAGAAUUCCUUGAACAGGUUCAGACUGUGCGGCCCAUUGAGUCUGUCGGUGCUCACGACUGCCCUACGUCUGCCAGAGAUAGGAAAAACUCUUGAAGAAGCGAAAGAGUUUCCUGAGGGAGAAGGAGCUGAAUUAAAGUCACAUAUUGCCAUGGAAACGGAUUUGCAAAAAUGUGGUGAUUCGGAUAGUGAUAUUGAAAUCGUUCAGGUUUCUAAGAAGGAAAUUGAACCAAUGGAUGUGGAGAGCAACUCUUGUAUUGAUGGCGAUGACAACGAUGAAUCACUUGAAACUACUGCCCAAUCAUGGUAUUUGGAAUAUUAUAGGGAUUCAGAAAAUAUUCAAUCAUUGCGAGUUCAAAAAGAGGUUUUCGAACAUCUAAGGGAUCUUAACUCACCCAAUCAGCUUCCCCCAUGUGCAGUUAUGGCUUUCACAGUUUUGGAUCCGAGAUAUUUUGUCCCGACUAAACGAACCAAAGCUCAGAUAAAUGCGAGGACCAUUGAGACAAUUCCUGUUCCUCCCACACUCGUUAAUGUUAGUGCGAUAUGGGAACCCAGGAUCAGAAAAUCAGUGAUGAAAAACUUCAGAACUACAACUGAAAUAAACAAACUGAGAAGUGAAAAUCUAGUUCCAGGUAUUGACAAUGACGAUAAAUAUGACCAAGGUUGUAUUGCCAAAGUUCCUAUUCUUCUUAUUCAAAGGCCUGGAUGUGGCUAUGGAGAAAAAAGCCUUGGAUUCAGUUCUGGGAUCGACGUAAUUUUACCAUCUGGUUGGGCAACUCCGUUUUGGAUCUCAUUUAUUUUUCGUUGUGCCAAACCAGGAGGUCUGAGGGAAUCAAGAUCAAUUAUAUUUGAAAAUUUUAGGUUGAAUUCACCUGAUUUUAAUCCACCAGAUACAGAAGCAUACGUAAAAGAAGCUUUAGAAAGAAAGACUAGUCUGAUGGAAAAGUAUUUCAGAUAUCCUCCAAACAGAAGAUCAAACUACGUGAAACUUGGUAUUUCUAGUCCGUUCUUUUGCGAGUGGAAUUUACUGGUCAAGGAAUGGACAGAUAUGGCAACGUUCUAUGUACUCAGAGAUAAGAAACUACUUCAUAUAAUACAAGAAAAUAUCUCUAGUCGAUUACCAUUGAACCGGAAUAAAAAGUAUCAACAGCUUUGUGAACCAAGUUUCGACAAAACCAUGUUCAAAGACGCUAAUACAUUAGUAACUGUGAAAAUUUUCAUGGAAAGCAAAGGAUGUCCAAAAGAUUUUGCCAUAAUCUGUUUACCCCUCUCUGAGGAUUUAGAAAAAUGGGGCCAAAAAAGAACCUGGGAAGGACCCGUAGCUAAGCUAAGGAAAGACCCUAACGAAUCGAUUAGAAAAACUUUGAGAAGGGGUCACUUGGCGUUAUUGAAACGUUUGAGAAGACAAAGAGUAAAACAGCGGCUUAAAAUGGAGAGUAGUGAUAAAAGAUCGGUUGAGCCAAAAGUCAGUUCCAGCAUUGCAAUGUCUAAAAAGAUUUUAAGGAAAAAAGCUCAAACUAUUGUCGAUCUGCAGGCUGAAAAGAUGAAAAAUCUCUACUUGCCAAAGUGCAAAACGAUACGAAACUCUUGCGAUCGAGAAGUUAUGGGGUACGUGGUUAAAGGUGACUUUAGUUUUACCGAAUCGAAGGGAAUCGGGCUGGGAUACGUAACAUUUCCCUCUCUGUUUAGCCUGAUUAAACAGAAAAGUAACGUAGUUCUGAUCAGAAACACAAGGUCUAGACAAUACAGACUCGCCAGACUUAGUGUACUGACAUAAAUAACUAUUAACAUGUAAAUAUAUUAUAGAUGAUUAAUUUUAGGUUUAAGAGAGUAACGUACAAAUGUAUAUAAAUCAAAGAUUUCUUCUGGAAAUUCUUAAAUAGUUCACCAUUUGAAUGUGGCUCUGAGAGAUUUAUUUGAAUAUUUUAUUUUACUAAAACUAUUACAUUGUGACAGGCUAUGCGCUAAUUAUUAUGUUUCAUAAAUAAAAUUAUCGCCUACCAUAGUCGGAAAUGUAUAGUAUAUUGGGAAAAGCAUCAUGUUCUCUAGAGUGAAGAAGAAAAAUGUCUAAAAUCUCGUCAGUUAGUUGCCAGUGCAAUGUACAAACAAUAAACGAACUGGCAGUUCUUGUUGCUUGCUAUUAUUAUUACUGUUAUCAGUAGUUUCACAUUGCACGUGUGAGUAAUUGGAAUUAUAUCAACAAAGUAAGUUUUUCCCGUUUACAAGUCUAACAGAAUAAAAGCCCGUGUUUUACAGUACAUUU